AUGGCAUUCCUAUUUGGACGCAACAGACAGCGGGGCAAUGCGGAGCUGGUAAAGUCCACAAAGGAGCUCAUGCAGAAGUUGUUGCAGGAGGAGAAACCGUCUUCUAGACUGGAGGAAGACCUGGCAAGAAAUCUGGCACAAAUGAAAACUACACUUCAAGGCACGCCAGAGACUGAAGUCAGCCCCGAGCAAGUCUAUCAGCUCGUAAACCUGCUUCUGCAGGAGGACCUCCUGCUCCUGCUCGCCAAGGAAGUGCAUAGACUGCCAUUCGAGGCCCGCAAAGACACCCAAGUCAUACUCUCAAACGCUUUCCGCUACAAGCACUCUGGCAAUAACGCUGCGGAACCCCUGGCACUUCACCACAUAAUAUCGAACCGGCCGGAGAUAAUAAUAGCACUGUGCAAUGGCUACGAGCGGAGGGAGAGUGCGAUGCCUUGCGGCGGCGUUCUACGAGAGGCAUUGAAGCAUGACGCUAUUGCUGCCCUGAUCCUCUACGACGAACCAGGCGCGCCUAGAGAUCUGCAAGCAAUCGACCCUUCUAUCCCAUCUUCAGGAGAGGGUGUGUUUUGGAGGUUCUUCGAAUGGAUCGACAAGGGCGCUUUCGAAGUCAGCGCCGAUGCUUUCAAUACUUUUAGGGAAAUUCUCACCAGGCACAAGCAAAUAGUCGCAACAUAUUUACAGACCAACUUUGACUCGUUCUUCGCAAAGUACAACACGGUUCUCGUCCAGUCGGAGAGCUAUGUUACGAAGAGGCAGUCCAUCAAGCUCUUGGGGGAAAUCCUGCUUGACCGUGCGAACUACAAUGUCAUGACGGCAUACGUCGAUUCUGGAGAGCAUCUGAAGAUCAUCAUGAAGCUGCUGCUCGACGACAGACGGAUGAUCAACUAUGAGGGCUUCCAUGUAUUCAAGGUUUUCGUAGCGAACCCAAACAAAUCCGCGGCGGUUCGACGCAUCCUGGUCAACAACCGGGCUCGACUCCUGCGAUUCUUGCCCACGUUUCUGGAUGACCGGACCGAAGACGAUCAGUUUACGGACGAGAAGAGCUUCCUCAUCAGGCAGAUUGAGCUCUUGCCCUCUUCAAAUCCGAUCUCACCGGCGCAGUGA